CCUUUAUAUCUGGAGAAUCCCUAUAUUAUUAUUUUCCUCUCAAUCUUCGCAGGGAAUUAUAUAAGAACAUAUGGGUGUUUGGAUGCGCUGAGAAGUUUAGGGGAAUUAUAUGGAAAAAGGUUCGGAGUCGGGUUCGAAAUCGGACUCGAAUGGAUGGAGCCGAGCUCGAGGUUUGGUGGUGAAGACCUUGGUUCUAAUUGGCGGCGCCUAUUUGCUCAAGAAGUUCACCAAAUCCACCACUCGUUGGGACCAUGCAAAAAUCGUUGCUCGUUCUCUUAGCGGUGAAAAGUUCUCGUGGGAGCAAGCCUCUAGAGACCCAGAUAAUUACUUCAACAUCAGAACACUUACUUGUCCUGCAACAGAGAUGGUGGAUGGUUCAAAGGUUUUAUAUUUUGAACAGGCAUUUUGGAGGACUCCUCAGAAACCCUUUCGGCAGAGGUUUCUCAUGGUGAAGCCUUGUCCAAAAGAUUUGAAAUGCGACGUUGAGGUAAGUUCAUUCGCAAUUAGAGAUGUGGAGGAGUACAAGAAUUUCUGUGAUCGCCCAAGGGAUCAACGUCCCCUAGCUGAAGAAGUUAUUGGUGAUAUUGCAGAACAUCUGACGACUAUACAUCUUAAUCGGUGUGAAAGAGGGAAACGCUGUUUAUAUGAAGGUUCGACUCCACCAGGUGGAUUCCCAAAUUCAUGGAAUGGAGUGACAUACUGCACUUCCGAACUUUCGGUUUUGAAGAACAACGAAAUACAUACCUGGGAUAGGGGAUAUGAUGAUGAAGGAAAUCAGGUGUGGGGAGUGAAGAAAGGCCCUUACGAGUUCAAGCCUGCAUCUGCCUCUAGUUUUAACGGCAAGUUUUCGCCUCUAAAUUUUCCUCUAUCACAGCACCCCAUGGAGAAAAGGAUAGAAGGGUCAUUUGUCUUGCAAGAAUAAUUGGUUUUUAACUUGUUUAUAUAUAUAUAUUGUAGCUUGUAAAAUUUGAUCUCAUUUACUUAAGCUUAAAGAUGUAUUA